UUUCAGGAUUUGCGAAAUUGGAAGCAAUGUCUGGAAAAGAAGAAAAUCGAAUAUUUGUUGGUGGAUUGGGUUGGGACGUUACGGAACGUCAGCUUGAACAUGCUUUUGAUCGUUACGGCAAAAUUCUCGAAUGCCAGGUGGGUUUUUUGAGUUAUGUUUUAGCAGAGUGAUCUCUUCAUGUUUGAAGCUCGUUUUCAAUUUUCUGAUAAAAUAGUAGUUUGUGGUAAAGGUAGAGCUCAAGGUGGAGAUUAGUAUGGUUGAGAUAUGUUGAAUUCGGUGAUAUGAAAGUAGCCAAGGGAAUAUCAGUCUGAUCUGUUUGCUAUUGUUCCGAGAGACAAGGUUCAUUAGUAAUAAUUUUUAUAUAACUUGGAAGGAAUAUUUGGCAGUAAGAUUGGGCUGAAAACUGGACAAAGUUGAUGCCAUAUUGAAGCAUGUUAUCCUGUAUUUGUUUGUUGAAAUGAACGAAUAUGUGCCAUGUCUCCGCUUCCUUCCUCUUCUAGUAGUAAAUCUGUUAUGCGACGAUGAUACUGAUGACUACACUACUAGUGGGAUGCGUGAAAAACUUUUUGUGCUGGAAAUUCCUUGUUUUGCUUCUGGUUCUAGAUCAUAUAAUUGUAGUGAAUUAUAACGCGGUAUACCCAGAGCAGAUGGGUAUUAUUGGCUUCUGUCCCAUAUGCUGCCUUUGCUUCCGCCUUUUAUGUACUUUCUGCAACCCAUAGCAGGUGUGUAUGACCAACCACCAUACACCACCGACAGGUCCUGUGAGUACUCUAGUGCUGCUGAGCUUAAAGUUUUCAAAUCCAAAGCAUUGGGAUCAUAGGCAAUUGCUGCUCAGAUAGUGGGUUCGUAUCUCACCAGUUGGUCUACCUGUUAUAGCUAGUUUUGAAGGCCGAAUGAUUUUUUUGAAUUACUUACCACGUUUUACAUCAGAAUAGAAUUGAUUAGUUGGAAAGUUUUGCAUUAGUUUUGAAUGGUUUUGCUUUUGUCAGUGUAGUUUUAUAGAAAGAAUCCAUAUCUGCACGAGAAUUAUUUUCUGCUAAAAUGUCGAGGUGUUCACCAAGUCAGUUAAGGGGUGGCAGAAUUACAUGAAAUGCUAGGCAUAUUAUUGCAGUAUAAUCAAUGUUAUGCAUUUGUCUUGCAUAUGACGAGCAUAUUGCUGCCUAAGAUUGAUUAUAAUUUGCACCUGGGGAGGAGAAUACUCACAGAAGGUGCUGGUGUGCGUAAGAAGUGAAAGCAUGAUCUCCAUGAGGAACAAUGUCAAUGCAAUGGAAACCAUGCCUGUAACUUGCAUGUUGUCUUUGAGAAUUUCGAAAAAAAAAAUAUACGCUGGUAGAUAUAUUUUGUUUUGAAGAGCAGUCUCUGUGAUAUUUGUCAUAAAAUUGGAGCUACAACAUAGUGGUUUAGCAACUGUGGAAGCGAAAUCAAUACUUGGUUUUUUUCCUUAUAUGCUGUUCAUUUGUGGCUGCAAUUUGGUUUAAUGUUAGUUCCACUGAUUGAGAAAAUAGUGGUAUUCGACAUAAUACAGUGCUUUUUAAUCAAGUAAGUCAGAUGCUAAGAUUAUAUUUGUUGGAUUAGACUGUUUAAAUUUAUAUCAUGAAGUCAUGAACCAGAAUGGAACAAGUUGAAAUUCUUACUCAGAUUGUGGAAAUGAUUUUUGUAAGAGAUAAUUGUUGUCAAAUAUGGGCUUUGGGAUUCGUCUGAAUACUUAGCUGUAUGAAAACUAUUCUGGUGCUUUGUCAUCAGAACACAGAAAUCAUGAUGGAAAGGGAUACAGGACGUCCACGUGGAUUUGGGUUUAUUACAUUUUCAGACCGUCGGGGAAUGGAGGAUGCAAUCAAAGAAAUGGAUGGACGGGAAAUUGGUGAUCGCAUCAUCUCAGUCAACAAGGCACAGCCCAGGAUGGGGGGUGAUGAUGCAGACCAACGUUACAGAGGUGGUUUUUCUUCUGGUGGUAGGGGAAGCUAUGGGGCUGGAGAUAGGGUAGGACAGGAUGACUGUUUCAAAUGUGGGCGUCCAGGGCACUGGGCCCGAGAUUGUCCUUUGGCAGGAGGUGAUGGUGGUCGUGGUCGGGGUGGUGGUUCAUUUUCUUCACGUCCUAGGUUUGGAGGGGAUCGCCUUGGUGAACGUGAGCGAUACAUUGAUGAUCGUUAUGACGGAGGACGUUAUGGGGAUAGGGAUCGUUUAGACAACCGAGACUACAAGUAUAGUGGCCGUGAUCGCUAUGCUAGUGACAGGUAUACAACUAGUGGAGAUCGAUCUGCAAGUGAUCGAUAUGGCAGUGGCUCAGACUACCCGCAAAAUGGUUAUGGGAAGGAAAGAGGCUAUGACCGAAACGGUGGUGCGCGUGGAGUUGCUGAUAGAUAUGGAAGCGGAAUGCCAGCUCGUGAUGAAGGAAGGAGUUAUAGGGGUAGACCUGGUCCUUAUGACCGCCCAAGCAGGGCUGCUCGUCCACCUUCAUUUGACCGCUACUGAUUGCUACUGUUGCAUGUUGGUUUUUCCAGUGAGAGAUUCUAACGCAGGGGCAACAUUAGGGACAUAGUUAUUGGUUAUGUAGGCACUCACAGUUUCAGACAACCGCAGGAUUCUAGUUUUAUAGAUUAUGGAUUAAUAUUUUAUUUCUUUAUUCAGAUCAUUUUAAUUACUUCCUAGUUACUUCCUCUCGUUUGUUUGACGCUGGUCACGAGUUUCCUUUCAAAUGCAAUUGAACAUGGCUUUAUGGUUGUUUUGCAGCAUUUAAAA